CACUUUUGGCGCAACACAUCUGGGAAUAAACCUGCAGAAAUCUCUGCAAGUUUGGAGGACAAUUUCACCUGCGUGCGUAAAAGCGCGCAAACUCUCCAUGCAAACACACACACACACACUUACACACACGCACACACUAUUCGCUGUACUUCAGAGGAGCCAGGAGAGGCUGAAAACACUCUCACACACACCGCCUGUUUCGUCGUACCUUGACGUGCGUCAUCAUUUUACGCUUCACUCCGCAUCCUGACCGCCGGAGAGACACACUGCGCAGAGCAGUGAUCAGAAGAUGAAGGUGAUUCCUGUGCUGAUCUGUGCGCUCCUCUCUCUGACUGUCGCCGACACCGAUUUAGACAAACUGUACCCCGAACUGGAGCAUUCCAGAACCAUCUAUGUCACAGAAAACGGGCCUCAGCUGUCAGUGGUGGCCGAACAAGCGAAGGUUGUGUCGCGGCGCGGAGGAAACGCUACGUUACCGUGCAAGAUCCAUAUGGACCAAUCAAUGACGCCCAGUCGCAAGAUGAGGAUCAAAUGGACCAAGCUGACGUCUGACUACCUGAAAGAGGUGGAUGUUUUUGUCGCCAUGGAUUACCACAAGAGGAGUUACGGAAGUUUCCACGGACGCGUCCACCUGCUGGGCUCGUCUCCAAUGGACGCCUCUCUGGUGAUCACGGAGCUCACCCUGGAGGAUUACGGGAGAUAUAAGUGUGAAGUGAUCGACGGGCUGGAGGACGGGACUGUGGUGGUGUCUCUGGACCUGGAAGGUGUGGUCUUCCCGUACUACCCUCGCCUCGGCCGCUACAACCUGAACUUCUACGACGCUGAGCGGGCGUGCCGGGAUCAGGACGCCGUGGUGGCCUCGUUCGACCAACUGUACGACGCGUGGCGAGGGAAGCUGGACUGGUGCAACGCAGGCUGGCUGAGCGACGGCUCGGUGCAGUAUCCCAUCACCAACCCCCGGGAACCCUGCGGAGGGAAGAACACCGGGCCGGGGGUCCGGAACUACGGCCUGAGGGACAAAGACAAGAACCACUACGACGUGUUCUGCUUCACCUCCCACUACAAAGGUCGGUUCUACUACCUGAUCCACCCGUCCAAGCUCACCUACGACGAGGCGGUGCAAGCGUGUCAGAAAGACGGCGCUCAGAUCGCCAAGGUGGGCCAGAUGUACGCCGCCUGGAAGCUGCUGGGCUUCGACCGCUGCGACGCCGGCUGGCUGGCCGACGGCAGCGUUCGAUACCCGAUCUCCAACCCGCGGCGCCGCUGCAGCCCCACGGAGGCGGCCGUCCGGUUCAGCGGCUUCCCCGACAAAAAGCACAAGCUGUACGGAGUGUACUGCUUCAAGGGCCAAAACUGAGCUGAAAACACACACACACACACACACACACACACACACACACACACACACACACACACACACACACACACACACACACACACACACACACACACACACACGAGGGAUUUCAAAAAAACUGUGAUGCUUUAUUUCAGUGGUUCCCAACCUAGGGGUACUUUAGGGGACUGCAGGGGCUCGGUAAAAAGGAUGAGGGAUUGAAAUGUAUUUCCAUGAAGCAAGCCCCCACCUGGAGCAGCACCAGAACAGGGGGUGAACAGUUGGAUUCAAAACAACAACAAAGGGUUCAUUACAAGAUCAAAUGUAGGCGAAUCAUCCCCGAUAGAAUGGCGACCAGCUCACGAGACAAAACAGGUUGGGAACCACUGCUUUAGUUCAUGGAAACCUUGCAUUGUAAUGUGGGAUCAACACUCCCACGAUGGGAUAGUUUACACAUAUUUAAUGUUCUUUAUUGUUCUUGUUCUUAUUUAAUCAAGGCGAGGGUUGGAAGGCAUCACAGCUAACUAUCGAACAAACGGACAAUGGAAUCAAAAGAAAAAGGACACGUCUGAACUGAGUUCCACAGCAACACUUUGGGCACUUAUCUUGUUCUGUUCAAGACCUACAAAGCCAUGAGAAACAUCUGGAAGAAUCCCUGAGAUCAUCAGGCCUCGCACAGCUGAACCGAUCUGUCUGUACGUAACAAGGUGCUACUACUGGUACUUUGUACUUCAUCACACCGUCCAGUAUUUUAUGUUUUUAUACAACCGUGUUGGACCAAGCAUCAUCGCCUAAAUAAGGGAAAAAUAAUCCAACAUUUGUUUAUGUUUUUUCUAAGUAAGUAGGAUAUUAUCAUCUAGAAAUGUACUUCUGUUUAUGACUAUUUUUUGAUAUACUGUAGACACUAUUAUUAUUUUUGUUCAGCCAAAGUCUCUUCGGUUUACAUAACAUAACGACAGUGGGGGAAAAAAUAAAGAAUUUUGCACUGAACAUGUAGAGGAGACAAACAGUCUGUGCAGAAAUAGAAAAUGCCUGGCAUGAGUAGAAACAGUUCUGCUGAGUCACUGUUCGCGGCUUCAUCUUAGCAUGACCUAGCACAAAGCAGCCCUCAGUGCAGAUCUACACACUAUAUAUCUAUGUAGCGCCUUGAAAACUGCUAUUUUUGAUACAAAAACUGUAGUUUCUUAUAGUGAAAGAGCAUUGGUGACCUCAGCACUCCAUACGCAACUCCGUAUGACUGUUUCUGUGCAGGAAUCACUUAACGUCUAUGUAGCUACAACACUCACUUCUACAAAUUCAAAGUGAAAGAGGUUCAAAUUGCAUGAAUUUUGCAUCUUGUUGCUUAUAUCCAUCAACUUUGUACGACAUCGUGCCACCUUUAAAUUCGCUUGAUGCAAUCAAGUGUCCAGAAGGCAUUUUGAAUCAUCUCAACCAUGAUGAAUAAAGGUCGGAUUCAAAAGAUUUAAAUGACCAUGUGAUGCAAAGACUAGAAACUUUGCAACAAAAUCAGGAUGCACCCUCUUCUGGACAACUAAUGCAGAUUUUCCUCGUGAGGUUUUUGCAGGAAACUCAUCCUUGUAGCUCCACAGAGCUACGUAGGGAGAGCUGAGGUCACCGAUGGGAUCAGGCCAGAUGCUGAGUGUUCGCCUCAUUGAUUGCUAUCUGAGCUCUGCAGAGACCCAGCGGGCCUGCAGCCAACCUGCAAACUGUUAGAAACACAUUCAAGAAAUCCUGCAGGGGUUCUUCCAUGUAAGGGUAUCACAGAGUUAACGGUGCACAUUGAUCAGGAAUUAGCUCACUGUACGCAGUCUGGAGGUCAUCAUCUGAGCCUGGUUUGCUUGGCUUCAACUUUGACAAGCAACCGGACUAUCGGACACCCUUAUCGCUGCAGAACUGCUGCAGGAUUGCAAAACUAGAAGAUGUUUCCCGAAGCUUGAACAGUUUGCAAACAGUGCUAAGUGUCCGUUUGUUUAAGGGAUAGCUUGACAUUUUGAAGAGUGCAAAAGACUUGAGAAAAUUCCUGCUUUUUCCCGAGAGAAAGUCCCUGUAGAACAACAACUUAUAGCUUUCACUUGUGUGUUUGUGUACAAGAAAUGGACAAUAAGUAGAAAUCAAAACGGCAGUCGAUUCUGACUGUGUUAAAUAUAAAGCUAAAACCACCAACUGAUGAGCUAGCCUAGCUCUUUUCAACAGUGAUAAAAUCCACAUAUCAGUAGCUCUAAGGUUUACUUGGGAAGACAAAUGGUAGUUAAUAGGCUUUAGAAGUGCUGGUCGGUGCGUUUUAAACACUGAAGGCUAGCUCAUUCUCCUUGUUUCCAGUCUUUAUGCUAAGCUAGGCUAAGCUAACCAGCUGCUGGAUCCAGCUUCGUAAUUAGCAUUCACAUGAGAGCAUAUUCACGUUAAAAUGUCAAGCUAUUCCUUAAAAGCUUUAAAAUAAUCUGUUGAUUUUUCUGACCAAUGCUUUUACCUGCAGCCUUAGGGACCCAAAGACAAAAGGACAAUAAAACAGAUCAUGAAACACGA